AUGUCAUUAAUUUGCUGUGAGUCGGUACGCCGUUCUUAUCCUACGAACAUUAUUUGCUUGGCUAUACUGACUGUCUCAAUCGGCUUCUUAAACAUGGCGAUAACUGCAUAUCAUGAUUUUUCUAGCGUCUUCCUGUGUUUUAUGAUAACGGCUGUUGCUUGUGGUGGCGUUUCUCUUUUUGCUACCGUUACUGACAGAGAUUUGACUAGUUGUAUGGGAAUUAUGUGUAUGGCAACAUUUUGUCUCGCAAUGUUUGGAUUAAUAGUUGCUGUAAUCGCUAUAUUUGGCGUGAACAUAAGUGUUCUCUAUGUUGUCUAUGCAACUAUUGGGGCAUUCUUAUUUUUGAUUUGGCUUGCUAUUGAUAUUCAGAUGAUAAUGGGUGGAAAGAAGUAUGAGCUUUCUCCAGAAGAGUAUAUCUUUGCAGUUCUUGCUCUCUUUAUGGAUAUUGUCCAAAUCUUCUGGUUUAUUCUCAUGAUAUUUGGUGGUAAUCGACGAUAAAAUGCGUCAAUUGAUAUAGAAAUAAUUGGAUUUGAAGGCCUUGAGAAAUUAUAUUUGCAAUUCACAACUAUUUUUUAACAAUAAAUAUGUAGAGUAACAUAUAACCACAUUCCCUCAAAACCAAUCCAAUUCUUUAUUUAACAAAACUAUACACAUCAUAUAUAUUUUUGAUUUAUAUAUUUAUUCAUUUGCUUUAACUGUGAGAUCUAUCAAUUUAUUAAAAAUAUUUUAACUAAAUUAGUUAAACGAUAAAACGAUUAGUAAUUAAUAUUUUAAACUUUUUGACAAAAUAUUUUUUAUUAUUUCUAUAUUAAGAUUAUGGAAUAUGGAGUAAUUUUGUAGCGUUUCCUGAAUUUUUGGACUCAGCUUGCAUUUUAAGAAAAUAUUUUUUGAACAAAAGGGGUGAAUAUUAGAAAUUGGAUGUUUUUAGUUGGGGACCUUGACCAGAUUCCUGACUUUGAGUCAAAGAAAAAUCAAGUAACACUGAAAAAUUGCUUGAUCUGGACUCUGAAUCCAAGAUAAAUCAAGGUCUGGAUCCAGGUCCAGGCCGAUCUCUUGUGAAUAUAUGUAGUAUUUAGUUUUCUUUGUUGUUUGUUUAAACAACGACCUCAAAAAUAUGUAGUUUUCGGAUGAUACUUCCUAAGCAUUUAAGCUUUUUCGCACGUUGAAAUGCCGAUGAUAAAAACAGUUUCAAUUUUUAUAUCUCCAUCCAGCUACCUGUGUAUAAUAUUAUCGUUAAUUGGGCAGUCAGUUCGAAAGAACUUGUGUGAAAAAUUAUUUUUUAUCAUUUUAACCAAUUUUAACUCUAACAAAUUUUUUGGCAAUAAAUUUAUACAAAAUUCGCCUUUAAAAACUCCUCGCCAAAGAUUAUUUGGUUUA